AGCGCCAUGACAGAGGGAGAGUGCGAAAGUGUACCCCUAUCUUAUAAGAGUUAAAAAUAAUGAUAAUCUUGACACUGUACAGUUUGUAACAGUGACUUCAGCAUUGCCCAUGGCGGGUUAAAUGAUUGUAAAAGACAUUGAGCCGUGUCUAAAGAAAAACAGCCUUCACGACGCCAUUAGGAUUAUACCGAUUCGUCACGCUUCCAUUCGGGCUGUUUGGUGCACCAGCCACUUUUCACCAUCUCUUGGACCAUAUUCUUCGGCCCAACCCAAAGAAGUGUGCAGUUGGGCAUGUGGAGGUCUGGUAUCUGGGUUUCCACUUGGGUGACAGCCAGGUGAGUCCCCAAAUUGACAAGACGGCAGUCCGAGACCUAACACCAAGGAUUUGGGGGCUGGCAGGAUAUUAUAGAGGGUUUGUGCCUAAUUAUUCGGACCUUACCAGCUCCUUGAUUGAUCUCACUAAAAAGGAAUCUCCAGACCCGGUGCAUUGGACGGAGCUGUGUCAGCAGACUGACGUGUUUGACAGAGAUGCAGUCCUGUGCCAUGAGAUAGAGAGUGAAAAGAGUGAGCAGGUGCUGUAAAUUAGUCGUGAGCUCUCGAAGAUUGAGAAAGAAUGCUUGGCCAUCAGGUGGGAUUUCCCCUCCUCUAUUAUCUUUUGGGAUGGUAAUUCAAUAACUGCACGGACCACCACCCUCUGUGGUGGCUCCAUCGCAUGAAAGACACCAAUGCGCGGAUCACUCGUUGGUAUCUAGCUUUACAGCCUUUUAAAUUCCGAAUAAAAGGCCCAAGAGUGAACAGAGAAAGAGAGACUGACUGCUAGCUGCUACGUGCUUGGACUAUACGAGAAAUACUCUCUGUGGCGCUGAUAGCGCAACCCUUUUCUGUAUUGUUGAUUACUUAAUAAACAAGCAGCAACUUUUAAACUAUUGACUCGGUCAAAUAGCUAAUUUACUUUUUUUGCUAAAAGUCCUUAGUGUUAAGUUUUAGGUUUACAUGAAGUUUAGAUUUCCUGAACAACUUCUUGAGAUCUUUUGUUUCAUUAACAGACAGUAAAUUAGAAAUGUUUAAAUUUCAGCAUUUCAUGUUAACAUCUGUGCCAGUAAUGCAUGCAGUCAGUGCAGUAGCGUUUAGGAAUAUGUGAGGUAAUAUGAAGUAAUCAGCAAUCAUGAGAUUCAUUCAUGCUUUUUUGGUACAGGUUGCACAUUGUUUUCUUUCAUGGACUAUAUAUGGACCCUAUAAAGUAGCCUUGGCCAGUCUGCAACUGUUUGUAUAUAGGCCUAAACUUAUACUGUAUUUCAAAAAAUUUUUUAUUUAUUUAUUAUUUUUAUUAUACCCUCAUUGGGGGGCUGAGCCUCCCUAAAAUGAAGAUCUUAAUCUCCCCCGUAAACCACAAAAAAAAGGAAAUCCUUUUGAAGUUGGUUCUCAUUCAGGCCUCUUGUUUGGGAUAUUCUUUAACAUUUGAGCUUGUUUGCAGUUUAUAAGUGGUCUUUUUCUAUAUAAGAAGAAGCAGUGUGAUUCAGGGAUGAAAGGACUGCUUUAUCUGCUUUUUCAAGGUGUUCUGCUGUAUGAGACUUUGGCAUGGGAAGUGAGAAUGCCAUCAGAAAUUCAUGGCCUCAAAGGAUCCUGUCUGGUUAUACCGUGCUCUUACUCUUACACUUCAUACCCACCAACUAACCCACAUAGAGUUGUGUGGUAUCAGUAUGUCUCUCGUGGCUACCCUUUAGUUUGUGAUCCCUGGAAUCCAGGCAAAGUUAUUUACAAGUUCAAAGGAAAAACUGAUAUAUAUAGGAAUACCAACUCAGAUCGGGAUUGUAGUCUGCUGAUCAAAAGCGUGGAUCCGUCUUACAAUGGAGAAAAAAUAUAUGCAUGGAUUGAUCCAGAAAAUGUUGGAUGGCGCACCUAUAAGUUUUAUGACAUCACCUCUAAGAUUAUUGUUGACACAAAUCCACAGCAGCCCAUUAUUAAUAUUUCUGGAGGUUUAAAGACCGGUGCCAACAUUACAGUAGCGUGUUACACCUACCACACCUGUCCAUACAGCAAACCAAACAUCACUCUGAAGGGUAUUGAAGGAUCUGAUCAAAUAGAUGAUGUCGAUUUAAAAAAUGGUCAAUGGAAAACCAUUCGGACACGCACCGGUGUUGUGAAGGCUGAACGCUCAGAUAUUGAGUGUACUGUAAUACAUCAAGGAGGCAUAACAACAAGAGCUACAAAAUCACAAAGUGCCAAAUGUGUCUAUUAUAAUAUAACCAUUGAGCCUGAACUGGCAGCAGAUAUAAUAGAGGGUGUUGAAAAGACCUUAACUUGUACCGUCCACCAUUCCUGCCAGAAGAAUCCUCCGAUCCUCUCCUGGAACUAUGAGAACAUGUCGGUCAGUUAUGAUACAAAACAACUUACAGGGUUUGAAUUGGCCACAUUUUCCACCAUAUCCUUUUUGGGGGCAAAGAAUGACGAUGGGAAGAAAUUGAUCUGCACUGCAAAUUAUUCUGGACAGAAAAUCACAGCAUCUGUUGACUUACAUGUACAACAGCCUCAAAAACCAGCGACCCCAGUCCAAAAUAAAUUUGUUUCCCAGAACCCCAAUGUGAGGACCUUUGACACGAUGACAAUUGGACUUUACAUUCUAGCCCCCUCAAUUGUCUUGCUUCUCAUUUGCAUAUUUGCUGGAGUCAUCAUAUACAAAGUGUCUUCACCUGCUAAUCCACAAGAAUCACAGCCUAAACAAAGUCAGAGAAAAUCCUGCACUAUUGAGGAUUAUGAAGAUUAUUAUGCCAAUAUGGAAGAUCUCAACAUUAAUGUAAAUAUCUAAGGAAAAUGCUCCACAUUUUUGAGCAAAAAUGUGGUCAAUACAGUGUUUAAAGAAAAUAAAAAAGUCAACGUAUAUGUUAGUUAAUAUUAAAAAAAUACUUGCUCAUGUCAUGAAAAAUAGCAUCAAUAUUUUAAUUCACUUGCUUUUAUAUUAAACUUCCUAUAACUUUGUCUAAUUUGUGUGGCAUCUGGAUCCUUUUCUGUCUUUUCAGUCCAAUUUGGCUAAGCAAACAACUUUGCACUUAAAGGGACAAUUCACCCAAAAACUAAAAUUCUGUCAUCAUUUACUCUCAUGUCGUUUCAAACUUGUACGAGGUUUUUUAUUCUGUUGAACACAACAGAAAAUAUUUUGAUAAAUGAUGGUAAGCACACAGUUGCUGUACCCUUUGACGUCCACAGUAUUUAUUUUUCCUACUGUACUACAGUAUGGCAGUCAAUGGGUAUCAUCAAGUUUAUGAUUAUCAUAAUUUAUUAAAGGAGUCAUUUGAUUCGAUUUCAUGUUUUCUUUUGUCUUUAGUGUGUUAAAAUCUGUUUGUGCAUAUAGAAGAUCUGUAAAGUUGCAACUAAUAAAGUUUCAAACCCAAAGAGAUCUUUUUUUAAUGAAGCCUCAUCCAUGCCUUCCUAAAAAAACAACACAGAUUCAAGCUUGUAUUGAUAAGUUAAGACAAUAUUUUCUCCUCUCAGUUUCGCAUUGGGAGCUGAUCUUCAAAACAAGGUAAUGAAAUGAGCACUUUUCCGUUUACGCACUUGAGGUAUACAGCCAAUCACAACACACUGGAUAGCUGGCCAACUGGAUAACACCGUGCUUAUUCAGAACUAUGAGCUUUGUACAAAUCAACCCGUUUACAAUGUCACACAUACAAAUGUGUCUUUGCAUGCUUUUGAAACCCAACAUAUUUAGGUGAUUUUACAA